AUGGAAGUGUGAAAUACUAUUUGAUCAAAUCCAACUCCUACAUAAGAAAAAAGAAACAAAAUUAAGUAGUAGAACCUUUACAAAGUUGUAAUUACGUAAACCAGGUAGCAUUGGAGAAUGCAAGAAAUCUCGUUGCAAUGUAACAGAAAAUGAAAUAGAUAAGUCAUGCCCGAUCACCACUCUUAAAUAUAACUUUUCAUAUUUAUUAUACUUAUUAUAAAUUAGAGAUAUACAAACCCAAAAACAAAAAUCGCCUAAAAAGAUUAGCUAUUAUUCUGGAAAAUAAAAAUCGGUCGGAAAAUUUUCAGUCUCAGCUUUGGAAUUUUGCAAGGGAAUCGAACACGGUUGUCAAUCCUUUGGUCAGCUUCUCGUCACUUCAUUCGUUCCCCACUGACUUAUUAUUUCGAUAUUCUUUUCUCGAGAAAAUUUCACUUUCCCGGAAAAUCACUCCGCUCCUCCUCUCACUCUGAAAAGGUUAAAGUCGUGGAUUGAAAAAAGCAAAAAAAUAAAAAAUAAAAAUUGAAACAACCUGCACGAUCUUCGCGUUCUCGAUGCAACCAGAAUCGCUAUCGGAAAAGGUUUUGGUGCUCGCGGAGGAAGAGAAAGAGGAGAAGGAAGAAGAAGAGGAAAAACAUAGCGAGAGCGUCGGUGUAGAGAUUAUUGGUUACCGAUGAUUCCUCCCAGGCGGAAGAAAUGGACCGAGGCGGAGGAGAAAACCCUAAUCGACAAGUACGGGGAGAUGGUAGCGGACGGUUCGCUGGCGAAGAUGCGGACUCGGGAGAAGAAGUUCAAGCCGAUUGCUUGUCACGUGAAUUCGGUGCACCACGUGCGCGAUCCCGUUGCGUACCCUUGGCAGUGGAGUUGGAAGGACGUUUCGACGAAGGUGCAGAACAUGCGGCACCAGUAUUUGCUUGUGAAGCAGAAGAUCAAGAGGCCUGAGUUUUCGGGGUCCGGAGGAGGAGGGGAUUGUGAUGAUGGGAGUGAGUUUGAUUGGGUGGAGGGGCUUACUCAUUGGUCUAACUUCCUUAGGUAUAAGGAUGUGUUUGGGGAUGUUGCACUUGCUGUUGGCGGUCAUGGUGGGAAUGAGUUGAUGGGGAUUGAGGAUGGGGAUCACGGGGAUCGUGAUGGGGAUAAUGGGGAUGGGUUUCUUGCUGGUGGUGGGGGGAUGGAUAUGGUUGAGUUUGGGCAGAUGGGUCAUUCUGGGGAUGGGGAUUUUGGGGCUGCUUUGGAUGGGGUGGACAAUGAGGUGAUGGGGUUGGGAUUUGAGAUUGAGGGGGAGGAAGGGGAGGUGAAUUACAAUGGGAGUGGUGGUCGGGAGAGGGAGGAUGCUGCGGAGAAUGGUUUUGUGUUUGAGGAGGAAGGGGAGGUGACAGGGUCAAGUUUGAAGAAGAAGAGGAAGGUGGCGAAGGGGAUGGAGAAGAAGGCGUGGCAGAUUCUUGCUAACCAGCUGGGGCAGUUGAGAGAGAUGGAGACGCGGUUUGAGCAGCGUGAGGUGGAGAGGGAGCGCGAGAGGCAGAGGAGGGAGAAUUUGCGAGUGGAGCUUGAUAAGCAGUGGGAAAGGAAGCUUGAGGAGAGGGAAAAGGAGAGAGAGGAGAGGGAGAAGGAGAGGGACAAGCUUAGGAGGCAGAGGAUGGCAGAGUGGGAAGCCAUGGAAAAGGAAAACGAAGAGAUGGAAAGGAAAAGGAGAGAGGAAGAGUUGAUCCAUGAGAGGGAAUGGGAGGAGAGAAUGAACUGCAGGAGGCUGGAAUGGAAGAAGAGGGUUGACGAGAUGCUGAGCCAGCACCGAGCAGAAAUGGGCCAGAUGCAGACUCGUUUUCUUCACGAGCAACAAAAUCUUACUAACCAAUUGCUUGGUAUAUUCUCGCAGUGGCCUGCCCAACCUUCUGGCCUAUCUGAUCAUACUAGUGCUAGCAACCAUUAUCUUUCACAAAUGAUGCAAAAUUUGCAUCAUGUGAAUGGAAUUGUUCAUGGUGACGCUAGGGUUGAGGGAGAUAAUCAAGAAGAUCAAUUCAUUGUUGAUGGAUGAUGUAUCUCUGCCAUUUUGUGUAUCUGUGCUGGGGAGUCCAGGAACAUUUCUGUUACAAGAAGUGGCGAAAAGUGCACAUAAUUGUUGAAUGCAUUCUUAAUUGUACUUUCUUCAUUUAGGUAUUGUUGUAUACUAUGUUUAGUUUAUAAUAUUUUAGUGUAACUAAUCGAUAUAAAUAAUGUUUUUUGUUCCUUGUGUUCGUCUGUACUGAACUAUGAAACUCAGAAGCUGUGAGUGUAAAGGCCACAUUUUUUGUCCAAUACAUGCUUUAAUGCUUCUAUUCAAACCAUCUAUUAUCUGAA